AUACAUGAAAUGCACGUUUCCACCUUCCUUCCUUCCCACAUCAUUCAUUCAUCUAUCUCCUUCCCUCAUCCUCAGCAUCUUUACGCGCCACGAUGAGCUCGGCAUCGUGGCUGCCAACUGCUUCGUCGUGGAAAGGGAAGGCGGCCGCGUACCAGGACGAGGAGGAGGACGCUGGGCUGCUCCUCGAGAAUCGCUCCGACUGGCAGAAAGGACAUCAGAGCAUCGCGUCGGCAGGGCCCAAGCGCUCAUCACAACGAGCGCCCAAGGUCGUUUUUUGGAUCGUCGGCGCCUUUGCCUUCCUAUGUGCCGUCGGGCUCAUUGGCUCAUGGAUGUUCGGAAAGGACUCUCACCUCCCCUCACGUGAAGAUGGUCCAACGCGAGAGCAGGCCUACCAGCGACGCCUGGCUCAGCUACACAAGGAGCUCGACGUUGCGAGUCUCCGCGAUGAAUUCAAUCUUCACGGCGACAUCCCAGACUACACAGCCUACAUCGCCCGGCUUCGCUCGACGUACGACAAGUACUUCACCCCCACAAAGACAUCGAGCAUGGUGGGCGACCCCUGGUCUCACGUCGAGGCUCAUCUGGACCCGCUGCGCACCUCUGACUCAAAGGCAAUCCCGCACAUCGUCUCGUCUUCGGCCAAGAACAAGUCGCAAAUCAUGCCCGCCUUCUCCUCUUGGGCCGAGAAGAACAAGGGUUGGAAGGUGUCGCUCUUCGAUGAUGAAGAUGCUUCCAAAUUCAUUGCAUCCACCUUCAACGAGCUGGGCAUCGAUCAAAAGCAGCAAGGCAGCUUUAGCAAUCUCCUGACCAAGAUGCCCUCCAACAUCCUUCGAGUGGAUACCUUCCGCUACUUUCGCAUCUUCUUCUCUGGGGGUCUCUACGUUGAUUCGGACACAUCGUGUCGGCAUGCGAUGGCCGAUUGGCCAGGGUUGAAGGGGCCGCACCCAAAGGUCGCGCAUGGUGGGGACGACGUGCUUCGCUUUUUGACCUCUGUGGCGCGCGAGAAUCUCACCAUCGCAGACGACGGGGCCGCGCCACGCUGGACGCCCCCCUCUUUGGUCAUGGGGCUUGAGGAGGACUCAUUCAUGGCUAGAGAGGACUGGCGAGCUAUGACUUUUGCCAAGCCGCUUCAGAUCACCCAGUGGGCAUUCAUGGCCGAGCCCUUCCACCCGGUCCUGCUCGAUGCCCUCGGGACGGUCAUGGAUCGUACGGUACACGAGCUUGAGAAGGGGACAGAGGGGGACUACAUUAACAAGAUUCUUGAGUGGACGGGACCGGGCAUGCUCACGGACGCAGUCUGGCGAUACAUGGGGGCACUGUACGGGGCAACGCCGCGAGACUUCACGUUCAACCAGAAAGCGGUGCGAGUGGGAGGGAUGUUGAUGCUACCACAUAUGGCGUUUAGGGCGCCGGACGAGCCCAAGGACGAUCUGCUGAGGCCUAUCGUGCAUCAUCACAAGCACGAGUGGUGGUGAGGAGCUCCGGUCAGCCAGCAAAGCGGGCCCCGUCGAGGUUCGGACUUGAACGGAAAGCAUGUUGUACACUCUUGCAUAUCGUUUGGAAUCGUAAGAACUAUAAUUCGCGCCCCUCACGCUCACCACCUCUUGUAA